CCAUCUAUUUUUUAAAAAUGACAAAAUCUCUAAUUUGGAAGAAACAGAUGGGUGUGGGCAAAGACCCUAUUCAAUAUUAUCGCACGGUUUAAAUGAAACUUUUUCUUUUUAAUUAUUUUAUUAUAUAUAUCGUAAUCUUCUCAUGUAAAGGACCAAAAACCCACAAAUCAAAUUAAGUGGAUAUCUAUUCAUAUACAUAUAUGUUAAAUAGCUUUGCUAUCAAAAUUGGUGCAUUCUGGGUAUAUAUAUAUACUUUACUGAGUUUACUCAUAUGGCUAUUGAUAUAAUGUAAUCUAAUUUUCUACUAUGGCCUAAAGUAGUAUUGGACACUAUUAAUCUUUAAUGUUAUUGGUGUAAUUUAAUAUUAAAUUUAAUUUAAUAAAUAAUAUAAAAUACUGUAAUUAUUAAUUAUAAAAUAUCAUAUCUGAAUUUUGUGAGAAAUAAAUUGGUAAAUAGCAAUUCUCUCUUUUCUAAAUUUACCACUUAUCAAAAAGCAAAGUUAUGGCCCCAAAACUUGUUAUAAAUACCCUCCUCUCCUUUCAUUUUAAUUAUUAAUUUCCAACUCUAGCUCUUUCUCUUUCUCUCUCUCUCUUUCUGACCAAUAUUAAGGUGUAAGGACAUACAUAAAGGAUUUAAUAAGAUGGUUCCACAAGUAGAGCCAGAGAAUAAUAAGGUUCAAAAGUACCCGACAAUGCCAGAGGUAGUGGAAGAGCUAAAAAAAGUGUCAAACAUAGGUUUCCCUAUUUUGACCAUGAGUUUAGUGAACUAUCUAAGAAACAUGGCUAUGGUGAUUUGCAUGGGAAGAUUAGGAAGCCUUGAACUUGCUGGUGGUGCUUUAGCCAUUGGAUUCACCAACAUCACUGGCUACUCACUCUUAUCUGGCUUAGCCAUGGGUAUGGACCCACUUUGUAGCCAAGCUAUUGGUUCACAAAACCACGCCCUUGCAUUCUUAACUCUACAAAGAACAAUCUUCAUACUACUCUUUGCUUCACUACCAAUCUCUUUACUUUGGUUCAACCUUCAACCCCUUAUGUUGAUCCUUAACCAAAAUCCAGAUAUAACAAAAAUAGCAACAAUAUAUUGUAAGUUUGCCAUACCUGAUUUACUAGCUAACUCUCUUCUUCACCCUCUUCGUAUUUUUUUACGUAGUAAAUCCAUUACUUGGCCUUUAAUGUGGUCUAAUUUACUAGCCAUGUUUCUUCACAUUCCAAUCACUAUUUUCUUAACUUUUAAACUCUCACUUGGGGUUCAAGGAAUAGCUAUCUCCAAUUUCAUCACAAAUUUCAUUACCCUUUUCUUACUUUUACUAUAUCUCUAUUUUAACACUAAUUUUAACAAGGAGUCUUACUACUCUAACUCUAAUUUUACUACUAAUUUGAAAACACCAUUUUUGCCAAAAUCAUGGCCAACUUUUUUUACCAACUCAACAUGGGAAGGUUGGGGUGUUUUGAUUAGAUUGUCUAUACAAAGUUGCUUAGCCGUUUGCUUAGAGUGGUGGUGGUAUGAGUUCAUGACUUUACUAGCCGGUUACCUUCCCAACCCUAAGGUGGCCUUGGCAACCUCCGCAAUUGUCAUCCAAACCACUUCUCUCAUGUACACCAUCCCGUCUGCACUCAGUGCUUCGGUCUCAACACGUGUUGGGAACGAGCUAGGUGCAGAGCGGCCGGAAAAGGCUAAGCUGGCAGCAUCUGUUGCUGUCAGCUUAGCCCUAAUAACUUCUUUAGUGGGGUUGGUGGGAACAACUUUUGGGAGAGGAGCUUGGGGGAGGGUUUACACUCAUGAUAAGGAGAUUUUGGAGCUUACUAUGGCCGUACUACCUAUAAUUGGUGUGUGUGAAUUGGCUAACUGUCCACAAACGACAAGUUGUGGGAUUCUUAGAGGGUGUGCUCGGCCAGGGAUUGGUGCAGCCAUAAACUUCUAUGCGUUUUAUUUGGUGGGAGCUCCGGUGGCUGUCGUUUUGGGGUUUGUGUGGAAGUUAGGCUUUUUGGGGCUGUGUUAUGGGCUUUUAGCAGCCCAAAUUGCUUGUGUUGUGUCCAUAUUGACUGUGGUUUAUAACACAAAUUGGGAGAAGGAAUUGGAAAAGGCCAAAGACUUGAUGAUGAUCAAAGAUAUUACAGUUGAUAAUGUUCAUCAUAAUCAUGAUUAUGAUAAUAGUCAUGGUCAUGAUCAUAUCACAGUGGUACUUCAAUAACGUGAUGAUGAAGAAUGUUAUUAUUAUUAUUUUAGAAUAUAUACAUAUAAUAUACACACUUUAAGAAAAGAAUUAAUUAAUAUAAUGUUGUAGCGCUAAAUUUAAAUCAGAUUGUAUGACUUUAUAAAAUUACAGAAAUAUAUAAUUUUGUUUAAUUAA